AUGCGCCUCCGGCUGCGACGCAAGAAGAAGGUUGACACACCUCAACCGAUCGAGAUCAAACGCCGCCGACCGUUCCUCCAAAGCAAUCAGAGCUCCCUGUCCGUUCGCCGCCGAGCCUUUCUACGUCGCCUCUCUACCAUCGCCUCUUUCCGCCUCUACAAUGACAACAAGGAAUCGUCCGAAAUUGUGGAGGAGGAGAUCGAGGUUCCUCUCCGGCGGAGGCUCCCGACCUUCGAUCUCGGCCCAGCUACGUCUGAACACCUCGAAAACCUCUUCCUCGAUCUAAGCUACCCGAACCGCCACUUGAAGCGAGAAAAGUUCGCUGAGUUCUUGUCAGAGGUACAGGGCGAAGAAAAGAUUCAAUUGAAUAAGGCGAGAUACCGGUUCCAUGAGUUUCAAGAUAUUAUCAUGAUGGACUAUGGCUUCGAUGCUAUUCAGCGCCCGGCAUCCUACACGAAGGACCUCACCAAACCCAUUACACAUUACUUUAUAAACAGCAGUCACAAUACGUACCUGUGCGGAAACCAGUUCACAUCCGUGUCUUCGCCAGAACCGUAUAGAGCUGCGUUACUACGUGGAUGCCGAUGUAUAGAGAUUGACGUUUUGAAUGGCGAUUCCUCUUCCCUCGCUCCGUCAAGGCCCCCUGAUCAUAAGAGAGCUGUCUCGCACGAGUCGAUCCCGGUUUUCGCAGGCAGCCUUCGGGACAAGGUCGAAGAAACGCUCCAGAGCACCAAGCAGUUCAUCCGGGACCACUCGCCACGCCCGUCCAGCCGAAAAUUGAGUCCGAACCCAGACCCAGGAGCCAGAAGCAGCCAGAGGCAGAUCUCAGAGGAAAGGAGCUCAAUGACCCUCACGCCUAAUGCGACGCCAGAAAGACCUACACGGGAGAGGUCUCUGCGAUCCAAGGUCUCGUAUCCCAAGACCGAGCCCAUUGUGGCCCACAAAUGGGCGGCAACUCGCCCCUGCGGCUUCCGGGAGGUGUGCCGGACCAUCAGGGAGUCGGCGUUCGAGACCACGGACUUGCCCGUCAUUGUAAGUCUCGAGGUAUUAGCCGACGAAGACCAACAGGAAGUUAUGGUCCAGAUCAUGAAGGAGGAAUGGGCGGGGCUCCUUCUCUCGGAGCCUUUAGAUGGGUGCGACGCCAAGUUUCAAGCGCCAAAACUCGAGGAUUUGAGAUAUAAGAUCUUAGUCAAGGUCAAAAAGGCUGCUCCGACACCACUGAGCUCGUCGAACGCGGGUGGGCUAACACCGGGGGGCUCGGGCUCGCAUGGCGAUUCCACUUCGACCGACGAUGAGAGGCCCUUAACACCCCAACCAUCGCCAGUCUUGCAAUCGCCCAAUCCUAUGGAUCCGAAUCCGAAAAGUGUCCCGAUCUGCCGUAAUUUGAGCAACCUGUCGAUUUACACAUUUAGUCAGCGAUUCAAGGGCCUGGACGAUCGAACGACGAAAAAGCCUGGCCACAUAUUUUCCCUAAGCGAAAGCCGCAUCCACGAGUUGGCGGCGAGCAAUCCCUUGGGGCUAUUCCAGCAUAACAAAAAUUUCUUCAUGCGUGCGUUCCCGGACGGCACCCGAGUAAAUAGCUCUAAUCCGGACCCUUCCCCCUUCUGGCGCCAAGGCGUGCAGAUGGUCGCGAUGAAUUGGCAAAACCUAGAUGAGGGCAUGAUGCUUAACGAGGGCAUGUUUGCGGACGAGGACGGCUGGGUCUUGAAGCCGACAGGUUUCAGGGUCUCGGAUAAGGACACAGAAACUUACGAGGACGCCAUCCCUCAAACCGCCCUAGAUUUGAAUAUUUCCAUCCUCGCCGGUCAGAACGUCUACUUGCCAGAUAUCCGAGAGGACGGCGAAAAGAAGGACCGCAGCGUGAACCUCAGACCCAGUGUGAAAUGUGAGCUGCAUUAUGAAAAGAAUGAUGCUCGAAAGGGCAAGAAGCGGGAGAAGACGAACGGCCCAACACUAGAAUGCAAGCAGAAAACAAGAGCCGGUGACACGAAUCAUCCGGACUUCGGUAACGGUGGUUGCACUCUCUCCUUUAGAGGUAUCCGUGGGGUUAUUGAAGAAUUCACUUUCAUCAGGUAA